AUGGUAUUUGAUUUCCCCCUUUUCCAUAUAUUCUCCUUAGCUAUAUGCUCAAGUGGAUUAUGGGACUGCUUUCACCAGCGGCUUCCUCCACAUUUGCUCAGAGGCGGCCAAUUCCAAUUCUUAACAAAUGUAUCGUUAAUGCUAACGAUUGCAUAUAUUAUUCUAUCACUAAGCCGUAUCAAAAGUUGUACUUUCUACAACGCGGUGACCAAUUUAGAAUUUGCAGUGACGGUAACCUACUGGAUGUUGUUUCUCAUAUUUCCUCAUCUUUUGAAUACCAAAACACUCCCACCUACUUUCCAAUUGGAUUUCAAGAUUCACCUUUGGCCGUAUUUGUAUCUUCUUGUAUUAAAAGAAAGAAGUAAUAUCAGAGGGGUUACUUUAACAGGUGUGAUACUCCUAAUCUACUCAUUAUAUGUUGAGUUGAUUGUUGCAACUGAUUCAACUCAUGCCAGUAAAUUUGCUUAUCCAUUUCUCAACAAAUAUUCCUUUUCAGGACGGGUGCUUUGGAUGCUUGCAAUUUGGGCCAUUAGUAGUACAAACUACCUCAUACUAAAAUACAUAAAGAAAAUAUAG